AUGUCGCCGCUGUCUGUAUCCCAAACAGAAGGCGAUACUGCACCAAGCCUCCACUUCAACAAUGAUGAAUCCUUUGGUCUAGUGGAUCGAAUACGUAAGCUGGAAGAGGCAGUAUUUGGCAAAGGUUCGACCACACAUGACACGAGUAGACCAGCUCCAAUCGACCUAGGCCCCAGAGCCUCUGGCUAUAGGACCGAUAAUUAUGGAAAAGGUGGAGGUGGCACCUCUUUCGCCAAGCUAUCUUCUUCAGCAUUACGAGAACAGAUUGUCGAAUUCGAUGAUUGCAUGCAAGACCCGAGGCGAAUCGUUGAAUGUCUUCCCCCGGUGGAGCAAGCACGGCUACUUUUCGACCAAUUCGUCCGAGCUAUUCAACCGACUCUUGGUGUUCUCCAUAUACCAUCUGUGCGGGUUCUGAUGGAGGAGACCUACCGGGACAUAUCUGAGGGCAAGGAACCGAACUUUACCGUGGUCACUCUGCUCUUAAGCAUAUAUGCCGGUAGCACUCUUGUUGUGACGCCUGAGCUCCUAGAAAGUCUCAAAGCGACAGAGAAAGAGGCUAGAACUGCCUUCGCCACUUUCACACGCCUUGCUAUGACCAUGCUAGAUUAUCCUUCGCGACCCAUAGCUCCGUCAACUGUGGCCCUUCUCGCCAUAACUACCUUAUGUCACGUUCUGACACACGCAGACGGGUUCUCUGAUAAGAUGCAGGCUCUUCGUAUGCGCGCAAUCUUCAUGGCACGGUCGAUGCAGAUUCAUCGCCUGGACUCUCCGAAAAGUCAGGAAGAGAGGAAGCGCACAGGGUACGAAAUCGUUGAAAUCGAGGUCCAGAGACGAAUAUGGUGGCAUAUCGUGUCAUCCGACUGGAUAGUAUCACUUUCUCAAGGGCCACAAGAGGGCUCAUACCUACUACACCCAAAACACAUGAGAGUUAACCUUCCAAGUAAUGUUGACGACGAGUCCCUGGCGACUAGUGGGCCAGACUGCGGGUUGCCCCUCACCACCCCAACAUCCAUGUCCGUCUUCAUCUUGCGUGUUCAGUUUGCCGAGAUCUGCCGGCAAAUCGUUGACGCCUUCUCCUCUAUAUUCUUAGGGGAAAACGAGAUGCCUGAAUACGAUAUAGUCCUUGAUCUAGACCGCAGACUGCACAAUGUCCUCGAUUCCAUGCCGAAGUUCCUCCGGCUGGACCCGGAACAUGUCCAGCAGAGCCGUGAGAUCAUCAUGGAGCGACCAUACCUCGCCUGGCAGCGCAUUGUCGGCCACUUAGGCAUCUACACCCGCAUCUGCCGCCUCCACCGCCCAUAUCAUCGUGAAGCCUCAGUAAACCCUCGGUUUGCGUAUUCCCGCCAGGCGUGUCUUCACUUCGCUCAGCGGAUCCUUGAUCUUCGCCGCACAAUGGACGAAGCCAGCUCUACCGUCGGCAUGAAGCCCUCCAAUUAUUGGAUGGUCAUGCAACAUGUAUUCUUCGCCGCAAUGGUUCUAGCCUCAGACGUGUCAAUGAACCCGGGGAGUCCCGGUGCGGACCGUAGGAAGCAGGAUGUUUUGGAAGCGUGCAAGAUGCUAGAGCAAUCGCAGCGCCUGUCAACGAGCCUGACUGAAGCGAUCCAGAGGAAUACUCAGACCUUAAUGUCGAUUCUCCAGAGCACGCAAAAGGAGCAACAACAGCCCCCGAGAACCAAUCCGGGUGCGAUAUCUCAUGUUUUGCCGACGUCCCAAGGAGGCGCAUUCAAUACAUCUUCUAGUCAAUUCUCACAAGGAGAGACGACUAGGAGGGUAAGCGCUGCUGAAGCAGAUGCACAACCUCUACACUUUUCAAAUGAUAAUAUGACUAUGGGAAAUUAUUCCAUGACGCAGGAUGCUACUGCUACUAAUACAGCCGAGGAGGAAAGCUGGGGUCAGUUAUGGUCUGAUCUGUUUGCCGUGGCGCCGGAAAUCGAUGAUAUACAAUGGGAUCUUCUACUGAACGACUGGGACCUAUGUAUCGAUACAGCGUUCUGA